CCUCUGAGGUUAUAACUUUGUUACGGCUUGUCAGAUACACUAUCACUGGACACUGACAAGCUUUUUUUUUCGAAAUGCUCGUUUUCAUUUCUGUCAAGUCUUAUUAAAGCUUUCAAGCCGAAAAUGGUCUGCCAGUCGAAAGCGCUGUUCACCUACAACAACCUGGUCCAUGCUGUCUCCGGUGCAGUGGGGAGCAUGGUCGGCAUGGUGGUCUUCUAUCCGCUGGACACUGUCCGGAGCCGGCUACAGUUGGAAGAAAACAGAGUUGCAAAAAACACUUUUCAAGUACUCAUUGAGCUUGUCAAAGAAGAAGGAGUAGGGACGUUAUACCGAGGCAUCGUACCCGUACUGCAGAGCAUAUGUGCGUCCAACUUUGUCUAUUUUUACAUAUACCAUGGCCUCAAGGCGAGAUCUGUGGGAAACAAGGCUGGCAAAGAUCUCGUGCUUGCUUCAAUAGCUGGGAUGAUCAAUGUAUUAUUGACUACGCCAUUAUGGAUGGUGAAUACGAGAAUGAAAAUGGCCGGAGUUACGGAAGCAUACCGGUACAAAAGCUUGCUAGACGGCCUGCUUAAAGUGUCACGUCUUGAGGGUUUAAGGACGCUCUGGGCCGGAACGAUCCCGUCGCUCAUACUUGUCUCAAACCCUGCGAUACACAUGGCGGUUUACGAGGCGAUCAAGCGCCGCCUACCACCCCGUGAACUAUCAGCUGUAAACUAUUUCCUGAUAUCUGCGAUCGCUAAGAUGGUCGCAACAUUUCUGACCUACCCUCUGCAACUUGCACAAGCCAAACUUCGACAUGGGCACUGCCUUGAAGGUCUGUCAUCUAAUGCUGGAACAAUCCAACUUCUCCUUUAUUUACUAAAGAGGCAAGGGGUCGAAGGCCUUUACAAAGGGAUGGAGGCCAAACUCCUCCAGACAGUUCUGACGACAUCCCUCAUGUUUAUGAUUUACGAGAAAAUAGCUGCUUUCGUCCUGGCGCUCAUGAGACACAAGAAAUAAGACCUCGGCCAAACUGGGUUAGGGCAAUCCUACCGAGGUGUUGAGGUCUCAGCUUAGACUCGACACGAUCCACUUCUGCCCCGAGGUGACAAGGAUGUCGCCCUCUGACUUGACCUUGACCUCGUCGUUCUUCUUUUUCUUCUUCUUCUUCAUCGUCAUUUUGCUUUCACUGUAAAACGUGGGGAAUACAAAACCGAUCAAUUUAAAAAUCAUUGCAUUUAAAAAAAUAUAUAUAGAAAAAAAUAGGGAGGGGGG